UGUAGGGUCCCCGGGGCGCCCCCCGGAGCCGCCCCCGCCCGCUGCCCGGUGCCCGCCGCCCGCAGCCCUGUGCCCCCCCGCGGGGGCGGCGGGCCGGGAUUGGCGGGGCGCCGUGGAGGCGCCGCCCGGCCCCAGCAAGUCUCCAACUUUCUUCCUGCCUCCCCUCGCCGCCGCCUCCCUCCUCCGCCCGCCCUGCCGCGCUCCCUCCAUCCCGGGAGCCCCGCGGAGCCCCGCGAUGCUCCGCUGCCGCCUGCCCCUGCUCGGGCCCUGGCUGCUGCUGCAGACGGUGUGUGCUGGGGGCCAUAUCACCAAGACCCUGGGGUACCUGGAGCUGGACACCUCUGGCCUCCUUAAGGAUGUCCCCUAUGGCACCCUGAAGCCCCCAGCGCUUGAUCCCAGGCGGCUGAUUCCAGCCGAGCCCCCCCGGGGUGCAGGGACACCCUCGGGUGCCACGUGGAGCCCCUGGGACUGGCAGAAGAACCAGACGGCUGGGGAGCUGCUGAGCUCCCGCGCCCGGCGCAAGCCCUCGCUCAAGUCUGGCCGCACCAAGAAGAUCUUUGGCUGGGGUGACUUCUACUUCAACAUCAAGACGCUGAAGUUCAGCCUGCUGGUGACAGGGAAGAUCGUCGACCACAUCAACGGGACCUUCAGCGUCUACUUCCGCCACAACUCCUCCAGCCUAGGCAAUGUCUCAGUCAGCAUUGUGCCCCCCUCCAAGGCAGUGGGCUUUGAGGUGCUGGUGCCAGCCCCCCCACCGCUCCCCCGCCUGCCCCCCCAGCAGAGCACCCUGCCCGAGGGGCGCCCGGCCAAGGCCCUCAACUGCCACGUGGAGUACGAGAAGACCAACCGGGCGCGGAAGAACAAGCCCUGCCUGUACGACCCCUCCAAGGUGUGCUUCACCGAGCACACGCAGAGCCAUGCCGCCUGGCUCUGCGCCAAGCCCUUCAAGGUCAUCUGCAUCUUCAUCUCCUUCCUCAGCAUCGACUACAAGCUGGUCCAGAAGGUCUGCCCCGACUACAACUUCCAGCACGACAACCCUUACUUUGGCUGACGGCCGUGGGAAGGGGCGGCGGGCAGCAGAGCUGGAGGCAGAUGGGGGCCGGGGGCUCCUGCACCCCGUGCCGGUGGCACGGUGCUCACCAUCGCCCCUGCAUUGGCCCCUCCUUCAUCACUGCAGCACGUCUUAGG